AUGCUGAAUGAGCCGACUUAUCCUCAUCUAGUAAAUGAUUUAUGGGUUAAGGCUGAAUUUUUUUAUGAAUAUGUUGCAUCGGUGGAACUAAAUCAGUUGGUUGAGAAUGAUAGUUCUUUGAAAGGAAAAAGUAGAGAAGAAGUUGGUUUGAAUAAAUUUGAAGAAUUAAAAAUCAGAUCAACAAUAAUGGGUGUUGAUGUUGUCAUCACUCAGAAUACGAUUAUUAAACUAUUGAAGUCAUCAAACUCUAGAAGGCUUGUUGUAAACACUAAAGAUAACAGUCCUAAAGCAGAUGCUUUCAAAAUAUGUUUGUUUUAUAAUGCUGGAAGUGUAUGUUCCUAUGACUUUAGAAAUGUCAAGAACAUGCAUAAGGAUUUUAAGCUACUUUUCAAAAUUCUUAUUGGGUGUCUGAUCCCUAGAGAAGGGAGUACUGAUCAGAUCUCAUGGGAUUACAAGCACUUUAUCUUAUACUUGAAGAAUGAAUAUAAGAUAAAUCUCUCUGCCUACAUCUUCAAUCAUCUAUGUGAGGCUAUCAAGGAUAGCAUAAAGCUUCGCAAGAAGAAUGUGUCAUAUACCAGAAUGUUGUCUGAACUGUUUUAUCAAGAUCGUCUAAUUAAUGCCCUUAAAAAGUUUCCUAACAAUGGGGAUCUGGAGGAGAUACAUGGAAACAUCAUAUAUACUUCUAUUCUUGCAAAUAUGAAGCUUCUGAUUAAAAUUAAUGCGGUAUCUUUAAGGGUGCCUCUCUCUAUCAUACGUACUAAUCCUGACUAUCUUGAGGAUUAUCCUGUCAUAAGCAAGAUGGAUAAUCCUGAAGUAAUCAGAAUUUACAUUGAACAAGCAUUCAAAGAGGGAAUGAUUAUUCGAUUAAAAGACUUACCUAAUAAACCCGCUGAUGUAUUCCAUCCUUCUAAAAAGAGGAAGCAUGCUGCUUUAGUUACACAAAAGGAUGUUCAGAAGCCCUCUAAGAAUAAAAAGGAGAUUGAAUAA